AACUCUUACGUCGAGAGAAAACAUUAUUCUAGGUUGAAAAGAAAAGAAAGAAAACAAGGACCAGUGAAGAGCGGACUGCCCUCCGUCAUCAUUUCGCUCGUCCUUGUUAUUAUUUUUUUUUAUCCCGCUAGAAAGAUUUGUAAUCUCAACCAACGGAGACAAAAGCGCUGCUGGUGUUUCUAAAACUACUUAUUUCGAUAUCAAUAUAAUAUUCAUGCUAGACAAGAAAAAUUAUUGCGCGUACCGCGUUCCGUAAAGAAAGAUGAACAGCGCGUGCACUAAGCGCACGUGAGCUGCGUUCCACUCGGAGCGUGCCAGAAGCACAGCCUGCUCAGUUUCUGCCAGCUCAGUCCUCACAUCGGAACGCCGCUAAGACGAAUAAGAAGAAUUGCCUGAGGCUACAUGGCGAUGGCCAUUUGCGAGAGCCACAGAGAACAGCAGUGGCUUCAAUGCCAGCCGGACAGCGCGAUGAAGAGCGCCCCGUCUACGUACAUCCACGACUGCGAGGACACAGGCGUCACGAAGCGUACCGUCGUCAGCGACGACGGCUUCGAAAAGAUUCCCGUGUCGUCGCCUAGCACUUCGCUGCCUUUCUCGGACGUGGCGCCGCCUUCCAUCUGUGAUCCUGCGUUACCGCGUCCGUUGGGCCCCGGCUGCUGUUUCGUCGUCGACGAACAUGUCUACUGGACCGAGAACCACGAGAACGCCAAGCUCGAGCUGCAAGUUGCCAUCUACGAGUACGACAUUGACGAUCUCUGGAAGACCAGACACGCUCGAUUCCUGCGAUACCCGGAGCGAACCGGUAGCAACCAGGACAUCCAAGAGAAAGACACCAGCGUUACGGUUGAGCCGAACACUGGCGUUUACAACGACGACGGCGAGGCACCGCUUUGCGCGAACAACGCCGAGAGCUACGGCAACGCACUUCUGGACCCGACGGCCGCCGAGAAUGACCCGUGGGAAGCACUAGGUGACGCGCACUACGGUCCCGCGGGUCAUUACUUACGGGAUGGUGUCCGUCAGCAGUACAACUCCCAGCAUGCGUUUCCCUCACGGUGCACCGCACGGUGCGCGUCGUGGUCGCUGUGCGAUUAAUUCACCGAGGAUCCCUGGCGGCCGCAACAACUGCAGAGCCUUUGCGUGAUGCAUACACGCGCCACCUUUGACAGGCCCAAAGGAAGCCUCUUAGCCGCAAUACCGGGCAACGAAUCACGGGCGUGGUUUUUAAACCACGGCCUCGUUUACCUUGUCGAUGCCUCAGGAACGAAGUCCACAAAAUUAAUGUUGUGUAAAGUUUGUUCCAGCGUGUUACGUUUGUAAAACAUGUAUACAUAUUACGUUAAAGUAUUAUUACCCUCCGCAUGGUGGUACGGUGUCUUUUAUGUAAUGCCUUUAUGCCCUGACAAAUGUCGUGCGGGGUGGAGGGGGUUGCGGAAUUGGGAGUAUAAUAAAAGGCGCGCCGUCAGUAGUUUUUCAAGGCGUCUUCCUCCCGUAGAAAGUCGAAGAGGUAGAUCAAAAUGGUUUUCUUUCGUGUCUCAAUGAUUUCCCUUUUGAACGUUUUGCGAGAGAUAAUGUGACUGUCCACGAACUGUCAAAACUUAUUGGCCAAUGUCGAAUUGGUUUAGGCGAGUGAGAAAUAGG